AUGAAGUUCUCAAGCUUUGCAUCACUGGGCCUUACCGCUUCCUUGGCUUCAGCACAGUCGAACUGUUCCUCCACGCAAUCUUCCACCUUUGUCAUUCAAGUCAAUGGAUGUGGUAUUGGUCAAAUUGACGAUGGACAAGUCCGCGCAAUCAACAUCUCAUCCGUCUCUCAGAUCGCCGAUGGACAGGUCCGUUGUGCAUUGACAGGCACUGGCAUUGCUCUUUCAAGCUUCACUCUGACCAAUGGUUGCAUCACCGACAAUGCUGGCCGUACCUGCGAGAUUUCAAACCAGAGCCAACUUCAGUGCCAGAACCCUGCCACGGUUGGUGCAUCGACGACGGGUUUCUCCGUCUGCAGUGGUAUGCUGGCUUUUAAUGGCAAAACAUCCUUUUUGGCAUGUCUCGCAACGGGUGCCCUUCCUGGUUAUAAUCUGUACACGGUUGAUGUCGAUCGAUCUACCGUCACUGGCUGUAUCCUUGUCGAACUUCUUGUUCCAGUUUGCCCACCGGCUUCUGCUAGCUGUGUUGCAUCGACCCUGACGCUCCCUGCAACGACUGUCGUGCAGACUGUCACAAUCCCUGGUACAACGGUUACCAGCACCGUGACCCCUGCAGCACAGACCAAUGUGCAGACUCUCAUCAGCACUUCGACUCCUGCAUCAAAGACUGUCGUGCAAAGUGUCACCAGCGCCAUGACAUCUGGUCAUGUCAACAUCACAGCUUCAUCCAUCGUCUCGACCGCAGUUGCGUCCCAGACGACCUUGCACACAGUCGCUUCACCUGCGCCUUCUGCUUGCUUCAAUAUUACCAACGCACUUGGCUCCAAGUCCUACCCACGCACCAUCCUUGGCGUCAGCAGCAGCCGACCUAAUGAUGUGAUUGGUAUGCUGUAUAUUCCCCAGAUUGGCGGUGGCAGUUCCAGCGUCUUCACAUUCGAUUUUCAGCAAGCUGGUACCUGCUCCAUCAACUUUUUGUUCCCUACAAAGGCACAGAUCCAGGCUCUGGGCGGUACGACAGAUUACACCUUAGCCGGUGGCAAUUCAAUUGAUGUGACAUUAUACCAGCUUGCCUCUGUCGCAACAGAUGCUGCCAGCUUGACGUACAGCAACAAGCCUGUACAGGUGGCUACGUACACGGCUACGCUGACACCUGGCCAGAAUACGACAUUUGCUACGUUUGCCUGUCCUGUUGGAAAGAGUGUGUCGUACGAGCUAGCUGUGUCUGCUGGUUCUUCGUCAACGCUGUCGUUCUUUGAGGACUACAAUCCUCCUCCUAUGGGUCUGGUACUUGGUCAAUGCUAG